UUGAAUAUUUAAUUACUGCAUAUCCCUUUGUUGUUGUUGUUGUUGUUGUUGUUGUUUAUCUCUAGUAUAUUUCCAAUGGCUUUGAUGGUCACAGAAAGCUCCUCCUCCUCUUCACCUUCUUCUUCUUCUACCUCUGGAUGCAAUUAUGAAUAUGAUGCCUUUCUCAGUUUCAGAGGGGCCGAGACCCGCAAAACUUUUACAGAUCAUCUAUACACUGCUUUGAAUAAAAAAAGCAUAUAUACAUUUAGAGAUGAUGAACAGCUCGAGCGAGGAACAUCCAUUAAUGAAGAGCUUUCUAAAGCAAUAAAAAAAUCAAGAUUUGCUAUCGUUAUUCUCUCAAAUGACUAUGCUUCGUCGAGUUGGUGCUUGACUGAACUAGCAGACAUCGUUGAGUGCAUGGAAAUGAAGAAGCUGACAGUUUUACCGGUUUUCCACUAUGUGGAUCCUAGUGAUGUGAGGAAUCAGACGGGGACUUUUGCUGAAGCAUUUGCUAAACAUGAAGAGCGUUUCAAAGAGACUAUUGCAGAUGUGGAAAAAUGGAGAGUUGCUUUGACAAAAGUUGCUAAUGCUGCUGGAUGGGAUUUACGGGAUCAAUAUCAAGCAAAAGUUAUUGAAAAGAUUGUUGGAGAAAUACUUGGUAAAUUGAAAUCAACAUCCUCAAUUGUUCCCAGUGAUCUUGUUGGAAUAAACUCUCGUAUGGAGAAACUGGAGAAUUUAUUAGACAUGGGAUUGAAAGAUACUCUACUUAUGGGAAUUUGGGGAAUGGGUGGAAUGGGUAAAACAACUUUAGUAGAAGUUGUUCAUGGAAGAUUUCUUAAUCAUUUUGAAGGCAACAGCUUUCUUGCCAAUGUUAGAGAACAAGGCAGAGGCCCUGGCCUAGUUUCUUUACAAAAAAAAUUGCUUUCUGAUAUCUUGAUUGGAAGGAGCAUUGAUUUUUCAAAUGUUCACUGGGGAAGGGAAGAGAUAAGGAAAAGAUUAAGUCAUAAAAAGGUUCUAAUCAUUCUUGAUGAUGUGGAUCAUCCUAAGCAAUUAGAAGCACUAGUAGGUGAUAAAAAUUGGUUUGGUCCUGGAAGUAGAAUUAUUAUUACAACCAGAGAUCAACAACUUUUAAUCAAACUUGGAGUGGAUAAAAUAUACCAAAUUGAGGAAUUAAACAAUAAUGAAGCUCUUAAACUCUUUAGUCGAAAAGCCUUCAAGAAUGACAGUCCUUUAGAAGGUUAUGAAGAGUUGUCCCAGGAGUUUAUAGAUUAUGCUAAAGGUGUUCCUUUAGCUCUCGAAGUUUUGGGUUCCUCCUUACCUGAGGGAAAUGUAGGUCUAUGGAAAAGCACCCUAGAUAAAAUUGAAGAAAAUCCUCCAAAAGGUAUUCUAGAGGUGCUUCAAAUAAGUUUUGAUGGCCUAGAGGAAAGUGAGAAAAAUGUAUUUCUGGAUAUUGCUUGUUUCUUUAAUAGAGAGUACAAAAUAAAUAUACUACAAACUCUCCAUGACCAACUAGACACGGAUAUAGAUGUCCUUUUGAAAAAGUCUCUUAUAACUAUCUCAGGGGGAUAUCUUCAAAUGCAUGAUUUAUUGCAAAAAUUGGGUAGGGUAAUUGUUCGUCGUGAAUCCAUUGAGGAGGCUGGCCGACGCAGUAGGGUUUGGAGUAUUAAGGAUGUCUUUCAUGUACUCAAAGAAAACACAGGAACAGAUUUAGUUACAGGCAUAUUCCUUAAUGCACCUCCAAAAAAUAAGGAACAAUUGAAUGCUAAAGUUUUCUCAAACAUGAAAAACUUGAGAUUACUUAAACUCAGUAAUGUGCACCUUCCUCAAGGUCUCAAUUAUCUUCCUAGUAAGUUGCGUUAUAUUCAUUGGGAUGGAUAUACUUCAGAAUCUUUGCCAACAAUUUUUGAGCCAAAAGAACUUGUUGAACUUAUUAUGCCUUGCAGCCUCAUGAAACGACUAUGGAAAGGAAUCAAGUUGUUUAUAGGAGAAUGCAAUAUAUGCAUGCCACUCUUGUGUCAUAAAAUCAAGACCGGAAGAAGAAACUUUGGACUAUUUUGUCCUAGAGAUAAUAGAGAAAGAAACAAGCAAAUUUGCAAUGGUCAAGCAAGACCCAGUAGAACUAGAAUCUGCGAUGAGCAAGUUCAACCUAAAAGACUCAAGAGUACCCAUUGACCCCAUGCUUGAAGACACGAGGUGUAAUUACCUUUCCUCUGCUUGCAAUACUGCCUUUAUUACUUUUGAGCUCUUCCUUAAAGUUACUGGCAUGUCAUCCACCCCCAAGACUUCAACUCACAUUAGAAUUGCCUCAUUUUCAAAAAUUGUUGAGGAUGAAAACUUCAAUAGUUAGCAGAAAUUUAUACCAAAUUUACUUAUUUCCUCUAUUUAACUUUCCUGUAGAUCAAAUUUUACAAAGUUGUGUACCUACAUUAUCUUGGACUUGGUUUUCCUUUUUAGGAUGAAUGAAAUAUAUGUUAUUAAGAAAAACACUCAGAACAAAGCCACACCCAGCAUAGUUGUAGCAACAAGACAACUGGACAUGAUGCAGACAAAUUUAAAGCAGAAAAAAAAUCAAGUCAAAUUUAAAGUAGCUAUUCUUAGUGACAUCUUGACUCUUACUAGGGCAUCAAAUACAAUCACACCAUCACCUAGUAGAGAAAUAACAGAUGUAGCAAGAAAUACCACAGCACUACUACAAAGGACUCCCUGGCUUCACCUGGAGAAAAGAUAAUGGAAUACUAUUCCAGCUAUUACAGAGGGAUAUAUGUAUGCUAGUCUUUGAAAUUCCCUCUAGCUGAAAUCCUUAUACCGAUCUCCCAUUUCUUCAACUUCUCCUCACUUAAAAUAUUUCCUUCAUAAAUUCUGGAAUUUCUGUCACUUCAUAAAUGGUAUACCACUCCCCUAUUGCUAACUUAGAUAAGGAAGCUUUAUGGCUCUUAACUUUUAAACAUUCCAGCCCCAUUCAACAACUUUUUUUUUUUCUAAUUUGUUUCAAGAGAGUCUAUGAGGCAUCUCUUCAUAACUUUCCUCCACAUUCUUUUUAACAAACUGCAUUAAAAAAAAUAAAAGGUCUCUUACUUUCUAUACAACUUCUGCAGAAUUCACAGAAAUAUCCCCUUGUACCCCCCACUAUAAGAGUUUAUCCCAAGUGGAUAAUUUGUUUCUCAUAGCAAGCCAAGUGAGAAAGCACGUCUAGGAAUGCCGGUAGAAAACCAGAUUAGCUUCCACCAAUUAAGCUCAGACAACCUCAAUGGAACUUGAUUCCAGGUUUUCUUAGCUGGUAUAGGCCGUCUAUCUACUUCUCCAAUGUCCAUCAGGGAAAAGUGGCUUCUAGACCUAGCUUUUUUCCUCCAAUACACUAAAAACUUUUGCCCUAAGACCACUUGCGAUAUCAUAUACUACUCUGUAAACAUACUUGGUAUAAAGAGUAUUAUCAGGAUGCCACAAAUCCAGCCAUAAGAAAACACACAAUUCUCAUUAAUUGAUAAAACUAUACAAUUCACAGUAAAAUGAAACAGUAAUCAAUAAAAUAUCUUCCAACAAAGUGAGAUUACCUCUUAACAGACUGAAAACUAUUUAUCUAAGAGAUUCUAACAACUUAAAAAACACUGCAAUAACAGCCAACUUUACCACAGUUAACUGAUUACAGCACUAAGAAAUUCCAUGCUACAUUUUAAAUCUAAAUCAACAAGUAGUUGAAAAAAUAUUCUCUAAAAUGGCAUGUCUCACAACCUUUAGCUUUGAAGUGGUGAACAAAAGACAGCUUGGACCAAUCCCUCAUAGUCAUGAACAAUUAUCCCCAACCCCGCUUUCAAGUUUGAACGACAGUUACAAGCAAAAUUUGCUUUAAGUAGCCUUGUGAUGGAGGAAACUUUGGAGAGGGCGGUAUCUAAUGGUGAGUCUGCUGUUGUUGAGUCUGAAUAACUAUCAAGUAUUCCUUAAACUGCUGAACUACUUGUGGAAGUAUGACAGAAUGAUCUCACCACAGACCAUCCACUCGGCACAGGUUUCGAAAAGUCCAGAUUUUCCAUAAAAUUGUGCAGAACAAACACAGCUCAUCAGACCAUAAUUGAUCAAAUAGCUCAUGCAGGAGCCACCAGUGUAAUCCCUUGAUACUCGGUAAUCCCCUGUUACAGGGUCCAAUUGUAAAGUUCUCUCCUGCCAAACCAAUUGAGCAUGUUUGACCAUAAUGCAUGAAUAGAUUUCUUGAUGAGCCCUUCAAUGUUCACAGGUAUUCUCCAUAAGGAUCUUUCAACGUUGCAGGUUGUCUUCUGCUGGUUAAGCUCCCUUGCAAACACACGAGUAGAUUCCAAAUCUAAUUUCAUAAGCUAGUGCCCAAUAAGCCAUUUGAGGAGGAUUCAGCAUUAGACAAAAAUUCCUGCACCUGAACUUCUAUCUUCAACUCCAAACAAUACCAAAACAUAUGGGACUCUUGGAAUAUUCUAAAUAUCAUAAGGCAUAAAUGACUGCCUUAAAAGAUCAUGCC